AUGCCUCACUCGAAGCAGGAUGGACCACUGGUCAAGCGCCAGAAGCUGCGUGCUGUCGCAAAACCCAAUUCCUCUACCGCCCGCCAGUCCAACAUAUUCGCGCCAUAUAGGACGGUUGGCCUUGUCUCUCCGACGAACGUGCCCUUCACCUCGAUACCCCUAGGCAAGACCACCUUUCAGGUGACCACCUCGAUUGGACGAUCUCUACAAACAUACGAUCUGAAGUGCGGCCUCAACCUGGUGUUCAUGACCCGACCGCAGACCCCGUCCGAUAUCACCGCCACCUGCGCUUGGAAGGACAAGGUGUUUGCUGCCUGGGGCGAUGCGCGCAAUGGGGACUCUCAGGGUGUCUGGAUCUUUCAGAGGGGGAAGAAAGUCGGCGAGCUGGACCUUCCACUCGACCUCGAGCAGCCUAUCAAGCAAAUAGUCAUCUUCGGCUCUUGGAUACUUGCGUGCUCAUUGACGAGGAUCGAGGUGUGGAAAACAACCACACUCGAACAUUACACCACGCUUUUCACCAUGGCCUCCAAGAAAGGCGACAACGAGCUGACGGGUGGGAUAUGCACCAUGCCGACCUACCUGAACAAGAUAUUUGCUGGACGCCGAGACGGAUGGGUCGAAAUAUGGAACGUGUCUACUGGUAAACUGAUAUAUACAAUUCUGCCUCCCUCGUCAAAAAGCGGCGCCGUCACAUGCUUGCAACCAACGCCUGCGCUUUCGUUGAUGGCCAUCUCAUAUGCGAAUGGUCCCCUGGUUAUCCAUAAUGUGCUCGCCGACAAGAGCAUCCUUCAGGUCGCUGCUGGUACCGAAGACGCCCCAGUGACCUGCAUCGCGUUUCGCACAGAUGGCAUUGGCGCUGGCCUGGACGGCCGCAAGGAUGGAGUCAUGGCAACCGCAACCGAUGCGAGCGGAGACGUUACCUUUUGGGACCUCAACCAAGGCGGCAGGAUCAUGGGUGUCUUAAGGAGUGCCCAUAACCCCCCUGCGCAAGAGGGUGAUCGGGUUCGCGGAGGAGUGAGCAAGAUCGAGUUCCUUGCCGGCCAACCUGUUCUCGUCACAAGUGGGCGAGACAAUUCCUUGAAGACUUGGAUCUUCGAUGAAACGCCCUUCUCGCCGAUACCGAGGGCACUACACACGCGAAGUGGGCAUGCGGCGCCGGUCACAUGUCUUCGUUUCUUGCCGACCGAUUUCGAGGGUGCUGAGGCAGGCAACAAAUGGCUCCUCAGUGGUGGUAAAGACCGCAGCUUGUGGGGAUGGAGUCUUCGUCGUGAUGGCCAAAGCACAGAGCUGAGCCAAGGCAACAUUCGCAAGAAGGCCAAGAAGUAUGGCAUUUUGGCGGGUAACACCCUGAGUCAUGGUCCGACCACGACCCUCGAAGACCUGAAAGCGCCCGAGAUCACUUGUAUAGCCUGCUCCCUGAAUCGGGACGGUGGUAUGGGUGCGAUGCCGGGCAAGCAAGCGCUAUGGCAGAAGACUCGCGAUCAGAGAAAGGGGAUGGACGCCGAGAUCAGCGGAAUGACUGGCUGGGAAAGUGUUGUUACUGCCCACAAGGACGAUGCAUUCGUGCGUACGUGGUUUUGGGGUCGUAAAAGAGCAGGGAGAUGGGCAUUUCAAACAGGUGACGGUGCCUAUGCGUCGACCGUCGCUAUGAGUCCAUGUGGGACCUUUGCUGUUGUCGGAUCAGUUCAAGGGUCGAUUGAUAUGUUCAAUCUCCAGUCCGGGCUACACCGUCAAAGGUUCCCUUCAAAACUGACUCCGGCGCAGGCCAGACAGGUCAAGAUGCAGCAGGCCAGACAGGCAGACACUGUCGUCCAACUUCAAGCGCGCUCGUCCACCGGGUUCCUCCCGGGAACCGGCAAGCAUACCAAAGCUGUCACCGGCAUUGUGGUGGACUCGAUGGACAAAACCGUGAUCAGCUGUUCUCUGGAUGGCAGGGUCAAGUUCUGGGACUUCCUAACAGGCAAUCUGGUGCACGAAAUCAACUGGGCCCCGAUGACUGCAAUCACUGGCUGCCGAUACCACGCUGCAAGUGAUUUGAUCGCCUUCUCUUGCGACGAUAAUUCGAUUCGGAUUGUAGAUAUCGAAACGAAACGAACAAUACGUGAGUUCUGGGGGUGCCAGGGCACGAUCAACGACUUCACAUUUUCAAACGACGGACGAUGGAUCGUGGCGGCAUCUCAGGAUUCGGUCAUACGAGUCUGGGACUUGCCGACUAGCCAUCUGAUUGACGCUAUCCGACUCGAAAAGCCGUGUACUGCUCUAGCAUUCUCAGCAACCGGCGAAUACUUGGCCGCAUCGGUUGAGGGCCAGCUAGGUGUCGACAUCUGGACCAACAAGACAAUGUUCACCCAUGUACCAACUAGGCAGAUAUCCGAAAGUGCUGUGCAACAAGUAUCGGGACCGACAGCAUCAGGAGAGGGUGGUCAAGGUCUGCUGGAAGCGGCCUUCGAGGACGAGACGCGGGUGGAGGACGAGGAUGCAGUUGCUGCUCCAAGUCUGGAUCAGCUCAGCGCCGAUAUGAUGACGCUCAGCUUGGUCCCUCGCAGUAAAUGGCAAACUUUGUUGCAUCUCGACCUGAUCAAGCAAAGGAACAAGCCCAAGGAGCCCCCCAAGGCUCCUGAGAAAGCACCAUUCUUUUUGCCUUCUGCGAGUGGACCGGCACCAGCGAAGCUGAAUCCCGCCGAAACAAAUACAGAAGAAGAUCAGAUGCAAUCGAGGAUCACGCGCUUUGACCGCAACAGGAUGGAGCAAGCAUUUACCAGUAGCUUACAAGCUGGAGCUGCUAGCGGCAAUUACGACGAGUUUAUUGAACACCUGAAGUCACUGUCUCCUGCCACGGCAGACCUCGAGUUGCGUUCACUCUCAGUUGGGGAAGACGAUGAAACCAACGAACUACUGCACUUUAUUCGUGCCCUAACAAGCCGGCUCGUAGCGCGCCGAGAUUACGAACUCACCCAGGCGUGGAUGACUGUCUUCUUGCGGCUACAUUUCGACCUGGUCAUGGCGAAUGACGUUCUAAUGAGCGCGUUGCAGGAGUGGAAGAAUCAUCAAGCGGAUGAGUGUGCGAGGUUAGAUAACUUGGUCGGGUAUUGUGGAGGUGUAGUGAGCUUCUUGAGGAGCCCGCGAACUUGA